AUGGCACUUUUGGUAAUAUUAUUUACAAUUAGCUCCAUCGCCAGAUAUUACAUAAAGUUCACACUGUUUAUUGUACUGUCACUAAUAUUUGCAACUGCGCCACUUCCUCUGAUGUUCCUAAGACCAUUCAGCCCAAAAAAUGCCUUAUUACCAGCAUUGUUACUUCGGAUAACAGCGCGUUUCCUUGGCAUCAAAUGGAUAGUACGCGGCCUCGAAAAUGUGGAUGAUUCACGAGGAGCUGUCGUGCUUCUCAACCACCAAAGCUGUUUAGAUUUAUAUGUGCUAGCAGUGCUAUGGCCGUUAAUGGAAAGGUGUACCGUUGUGUCCAAACGUUCUCUCCAAUACUUGGUACCCUUCGGGACCGCCACUUGGAUGUGGGGGACUGUGUUCAUAGACCGGGGUGCUCAUUCUGCGAAAUCAGUACUCAACAAACAGACUGAUGCUGUUAAGGAUCAAAAGCGUAAACUCUUGCUAUUUCCUGAAGGCACUCGUCACUCUGGAGACAGAUUGCUGCCAUUCCGGAAGGGCGCGUUUCACGUUGCACUAGACGCGGGUGCGCCCAUACAACCCGUAGUUGUCUCCAAAUAUCACUUCUUAGACUCAAAACGCCGUAGAUUUGGAUCGGGUGAAAUUAUAAUAACAAUUUUGCCACUGAUCGAGACUGAUGGAUUGGAUAAAGAUGAAAUUUCUACACUAGUGGAGAUUACACAAAAUAAAAUGCAAGAGGAAUUCACAAAGACGUCCACGGAGACACUCGAGAGGUUCUCUGCGAAGAAAGUGAAU